AUGAAUUUUAACGACGUUACCGUCAGUUGGCAGGAUAUAUCGGAUACAGAGCGUACAGCAUUAUUGAAUAAACCAUGUCCACCACGAUCAAAACCCAAAAUACAUCCACCACGAAAAACUCCCGAUCGAAUAACUUCUCGUGUCUUCAGUAUAUGCCAAUCGGCGGUAAUGAAUAAUCAUACAGCACAACGUCCCGUUCGAUUAAAUAAUCUUAAGAAUUAUACAACAUUGACAAGCUCAAAAGAAAAUGUCGAUAAUGCAUAUCGUACAAUGAUUGAAUUUACUGAAACAUGUAAACGAGAAUCUACUAAUGAUACAACAACAAUAGAAAUGCCAAUGCCUAAACGUAUACGUUCAUCAUCUCCUCCAUCGAAUAUUGAACAAUGUGCUUCACCAUCAGCUAUAUCACGUUAUAUAAGUCAUGAUAGUUAUUUAUCAUUUAUUCCUCCAUCAAAUCAAUGUUUAACAGUAAAUAAUAGUGAUAAUAUCGAUACAGAUCUUAUUGAUGAUGCUUUAUGGGAUGAUUGGGAUUUACCAUCAACAGCAAAUAGAAAAACUCCAGGAAAAAUUCGAACAAUGUCAUCACCAGCUGUUCAUUCUCGAACAAAACAACUUAUAGAUACAACAACAAUCAUAAAUGUACUUGAAUCAACAAAUGUUAUACAAUCAUCAUCAGAAUCGGAUUGUUUACAACCGAUUUCAUCGAAAAUUAUUUGGGAUGAUGAUGAUGAUGAUGAUUUUGUACAAUUAUUAAGUCAAUUUCCUGCUGAAUUACCAUCGGAACAAGUAUCAAAUAGUAAUGAUUCAAUGUCAAUAUCAACGCCAGAUAAUAUCGAUGAUGAUAAUGUAACACGUCUUGAUGCUACGCGUCGUGCAUCAGCUAUGUUAACAAAAGAAAAUCAAUCAUUAAUUCAUAAUACAACAAAAAUCGAAUUAUCUAGUCAACCUAGUCAUAGUCAAACUCGAUCAUCUACUACAAGUCUACAACGAUCAAGUACUGGACCAUUGUCACCUAUUGUCACUAAAAAUAAAGCAACAGUUAAUUCACCACGUGUUCGAUGUGAUUCAAGUAAUGAAAUAAAAAAGAAAACAUGUACCGAAGCUGAAAUUGAGCAAAAACGAUUAGCUGCACUUGCCAUUCGACGUCAACGUGAACAAGAACGUCAGAAGAAAAAAUCUUAA